UCAUCCGAUAGCUCUAUGAGUCCAGAUAGGAGGUCACACCGACGUGGGUCUCGGCGGGGGAUUUCAAGAUCCUCCCGUCGUUUGACCUGCGGUGCUACACGCUCACACGAUGUCCCCAUUGCUGUUACGCCAUUGGAUCCAACGGGGCCGGCGGCCCCGCAUGUGAUUCCGGUUCCUGCCCCGGCAGUUGGAAUUCCGAGAGUUGUGUCCGGAUGCGGCAUUGGAGGGCCGGCAAUGCCCCUCUUUCCUUUGGGAGGUGGUGAGCAGAGAUUGAUGCCAUUGGUGUCCUCGUCAGUUACCCCGGCUACUUGGUCUGGACAUGGUUCUCGUUCUCCUGUUGUGGUUUUUCUGGGUCAUUCUUUCAUCUUUCGGGCUGGACAGAGAGCUGCUUGCAGGCCAGGGGGACAGUCCCUUGGUUUUCACAAUGAUGUUCAAUGGAGAGGAAUCGGUGGACUCAAGUGGCUUCGGGUGCUGGUGGAGGCGGCUAAGUCACAGCGUGGCGGAGGAGAAAUUUGGAGGAGAUUUUCCUGGAGAGUAGAGUGUGAUGCCCGUCGAAGAGGGCGGCCGGCUGACCGCUUACCUCUGAGAGUGUUCAAUCAGAAGUUCGGAUAUAAAUGGUUUAUUUUAAUGGUUAUUAAAUAAACGCUGUGGCCGACCCCCAGUUGUCCAGCAAAAGUUAGAAGUGGUCAGUGUUUUUUAUUAUA